GUUCUUGUGCAAUCUACAUAAAUCAUUAUCUCCAAAGAAAGAAAAUAAACUCAAAAAAAGAAAAGAGAAAUGUCGGACGUCUGCCCAGAUACCGCAGGUGAAGGGAUGAAGAGCUCGUGGCCUGAGUUGGUUGGGAAAAGAGGAGAAGAAGCAAAAGCUAUAAUUGAUAGAGAGAAUACCAAAGUGAAGGCUGAGAUUAUAUCUGAAGAUGCUAUAAUUUUGCCUGUUGUGGUUUGUGAAAGGGUUUAUGUUUUUGUCAAUGACUGUGGCAUUGUCACACAAACCCCUUUCGUCGGCUAAAUCAGCUAUUACACACUCUAUUUGGGUGAAUAACGUAUAUGUGAAAUAAGGUAUGGUUUUCGUGAAUGUUGUAAUAAGGAUUUGAGGCGUAUUAUAUGCCUCCAUUUGUAUUUUUUUAUAUAAUUUAACCAGAUUGUUGCAUUUUCUAUACAAUUGGAAUAAUGAAAUUAAUGUAUGG